UAUAUCGCUCAGCAUCUAGCGAUGACGUAAUAGGGGUUAAGGUGACUCUUUAAACAGAUUAAACAUUGGAUAGAUCUAAGUGCAUUAGUAUCUUAACUUGAAGUUUAUUUUCGGCUUUUGUGUAUUUUAAUGACCUCCAUUUGAAGUUGGGGGAGUUCUCGCUUGAGUGGAUCUCUUGAUAAUCAAAGAACACAUCUCAGGGUAUUACUAGAUCGAGUUCAUCGAACCUUGCAAAAUAUGCCUGUCUGUUAACAAUAUUCUACACACUGUGCCUUUUCCCUUUGACGUUUUCGCCGUUGUUGACAAUCUCUUAAAGAGUUAUAUGCCCUUUGCUCACAGACUGCGCUGGAUGCUGUUGUCGUUUCCCACAAUGCCUUAUUUAGCGUAAUUGACGACUUGUGUGUGAUCCGCGGUGUUCGCUGCUGAUGGUGAAUUCAGUAUGGUGCAUGACAGAUGAUAAACACUUUGGAUUCCAUUAAUUGCCAUGACAGGAAGAGCAUCUGAGAAUAACUAGUAUCAUCAACUUUGGUCAGAGUCAGUUAUCCUUCAGCAACCAUGUCAAUCACAGCUAAGAGAGGGGUCAUUUCUCCCAUUAUUUUGGUUCUCCUCUCCACAGUUCUUCUCAUCCAGCUACCAGUUUCUUCUGCAUCCAACACAACAGUUGAAGGCUGCAGAACUGAAGGGAAACCGUGUAAUGGAGGACUUGUGUUUCCCCUAUGGGAACCUGUUUCAAAUCUUAGUAUAGGUGACAAAAUUGCACGAGGUGCUGUGUACUUUUUAGGAAUGGUGUACAUGUUUUUAGGAGUAUCCAUCGUGGCUGACCGCUUUAUGUCUUCUAUUGAGGUCAUCACUUCAAAAGAAAAGGAGGUUGUUGUGAGGAAAGCAGAUGGAUCCACUGCAACAGUUAACAUCAAGAUAUGGAACGAAACCGUGUCCAACCUCACCCUGAUGGCGCUUGGUUCCUCAGCCCCAGAGAUUCUAUUGUCGGUAAUUGAAAUCAUUAUCAAUGGUUUCGAACCUGGGGAUCUUGGUCCCAGCACUAUAGUAGGAAGUGCAGCUUUUAACCUUUUUAUCAUUACUGCGAUUUGCGUUUAUAGCAUACCCAACGGAGAACAUCGUACCAUAAAACAUUUACAUGUAUUUUUUCUCACAGCGACUUGGAGUAUAUUUGCGUACCUUUGGCUUUACUUUAUCUUAUCGGUUUCUUCUAGAGGGAGAGUGGAUAUUUUGGAGGCUGUGAUGACCUUGUUAUUUUUCCCUGCUACAGUAGUAACUGCAUAUAUAGCAGACAAGAGGCUUUUCCCAUAUACGUUUUUGUCAAAAAAAUACCGAUCAAGCCGGCACAAGGGCAUGGUCGUCACCUCGGAAGGAGACCACGAAUUAGCGGAUGGUAAAGCCAACCACCACAAUGAAGUCGUAUUUAAAGGUGUCAGUGAAGAGAGUGAUAUUAAAGAAAUCAAGGAAUUCGAAGAACAUAGAAAAGAAUACAUGGAUAUUCUACGUGAACUUCGAAAGAAAAAUCCAAAUGCAGACAUGAAAACUCUGGAGGAAAUGGCAGAGUACGAGGCCAUCAAUCGAGGACCAAAAAGUCGAGCUUUUUACAGGAUUCAGGCAACACGGAAACUGACAGGAGGUGGAAAUGUAGUCAAGAAGAGCAAGAUUGAACGAAAGGCAAGUCUGGAGGAUAUAAAGGUGGAAGUGAAAGACGAUAGCACCACCAGAGUGUACUUUGACCCAGGACAUUACACUGUAAUGGAGAAUGUGGGUACCUUCUAUCUGACUGUUACAAGAGAAGGAGGGGACUUGAACAAAACUCUGUAUGUAGACUAUAAAUCUGAAGAUGGAACAGCAAAUGCAGGGUCUGAUUAUGAAAAUGCCGAAGGAACAAUUAUCUUUUAUCCAAUGGAAACCCACAAACAGUUUCCUGUCACCAUCAUAGAUGAUGAAAUAUUUGAGGAAGAUGAACAUUUCUAUGUUCGUCUUAGCAACUUGCGAACUGGAGACUCCCAAGGCAUGUUUGACAGUAACAGCACUGCCGCAAGUGAAGUUAAACUGGUUCCCCCAUUCGUGGCCACCGUUAUGAUCUUGGAUGAUGACCACCCAGGAAUUUUCCACUUCGAGGAAAAAGAGACAAAUGUACCAGAAGCCAUUGGUGAGGUUGAGAUGAAAGUUGUCCGUUCCUCUGGAGCGAGAGGGACAGUUAGAGUGCCAUACCACACCACUGACGGAUCAGCCAAGAGGGGGAGAGACUUUGAAACAACUGGCACGGAAAUCAUCUUCAAUAAUGAUGAGACUGAAAAGACCAUACUGCUGAAAAUUUAUGAUGACGAAGAAUAUGAGAAGAACGAGACUUUCCAGAUUCACCUGGAAGAACCCUCUAUUGUCCGGAGAGGGUCAGAGAGUGAGGAGGGUGAGGGUGAACCAGAGCGAGUAGGGAGACGAGAUUCUGAAACACAAGAGGAAGAGCACUUGUCAGAGAUGGCCAGACCACGCCUGGGUGACAUCCAAAUGCUCAGUGUGCACAUCCAAGAAAGUUAUGAGUUCAAGAAUGUGGUGGACAAAUUGUUGAAGAAAGCCAACGUCUCAUUGGUUGUGGGAACCUCCUCCUGGAGGGAACAGUUUGUUGAAGCCAUCACUGUCAGUGCAGACAAAGAAUCAGGUGAAGAUGACGAGGAAGAAGAAAAGCUGCCCUCCUGUAUGGACUAUGUCAUGCACUUCUUGACGCUCUUCUGGAAAGUUCUAUUUGCCUGUGUACCUCCUACUGAUUACCUGGGGGGCUGGCUGUGCUUCACAGUCAGUAUAAUUAUGAUUGGUGUGCUGACCCUGUUUAUACAGGACCUGGCCACAGAGUUUGGCUGUACUGUAGGAUUGAAGGAUGCUGUAACUGCCAUCUCAGUGGUGGCACUGGGUACUAGUGUACCAGAUACAUUUGCCAGUAAAGUAGCCGCAGUGAAUGACCGAUAUGCUGAUUCUUCCAUUGGUAACAUCACAGGAAGUAACGCUGUCAAUGUAUUUCUGGGGAUUGGACUGGCGUGGACAAUCGCUGCCGUAUACCACGAGGUUAAUGGAGGGACUUUUAAUGUUGACCCAGGUGCACUAGCGUUUUCGGUCACUGUUUUCUGUAUUGAGGCAGUGAUUUGUUGUGUGGUGAUCUUGGUGCGUAGGAAAUUUGGAGGAGAGCUCGGUGGUCCACUUAAGUUUCGGAUUCCCACAGUCAUCUUCUUUGUAUUUUUAUGGCUGUUUUAUAUCGUAAUGUCAUCAAUGGUCAGUUACUGUGUCAUUCCAUCGUUCUAAUCAGACUCGGUAGUCACUGACUUGGUGGAGAUGAUGGAGAUCAUCCUUCUGUUCUACACACCGUCUUCUUGAUUAUGCAGGCAGGCAGAAAAUACGGGGAUUUGGUGUUGCUAAAGAAAAUGCUCAAAAGUUUUGUGUCGUCUAUGCAAUAUAUUUGACAAUGUCUAUAGAUGGUCUGUUCAGCAUUGAAAAGGAAACACCAAGCAUUGAUGCCAACUGCACUGCAACCCCCCAAACUUACAGAAAGAAAUCCUAGUGAUCCCAGUUUGAUGAAUCUUUGCUUCAUUGUGGUUUUUGGUGCCAAUACUGGUUACCUCUUUGCCCGAUAUUCAAAAUAUCUUAAAUGAUUAUUCAGAAAAGCAAGUCCAAUGGAAAUCAAGAUUCAAGAAACAAAUUUAUUUGCUACGAUGUCUUGUAUCACAAUAAAAAAAAAAAAAAGAAAUUGUAUUGUGAGGUAAAAGAGCAAGUAUUUUUUAAAAUAUCAAAAUAUACAUGUUCUUGAGAAAACUUGUAUACUAAAAUCUCAUGUAUCAGAAUGGUGCAAAUUUUUGUCUUGAGUUGGACUUAGACACCGUUAUCCUAGUGAGUUUUAUUUCUGUGAAGAAAUGCUAACCAUACUUUCCCCAUCUCUUGUUCAGUUUUAUUUUAUGUACCAAGGUAUAAUUUUUUAUAUGUUUGAACCUCAUGAAUUCCUCUGGAUCACAAUCUAGCACAUCGCUUUAGAAAUAUGUUGUAUGUUAUUAUUUAAUGAACAGUAACAUGACAAACCUUCUACCUCUUUUGUGUGUCAUCAUAUUUAUGUUUUGUACAGCUUUCUCUAUAUUAGGUAUUUAUUUCAAAGCAAAUUAGAUAAUAUGAAUAAGACAAGCAGCAUAUAAACAUUUAUUUCCUUGGACAAACUGUUUAGUUUCUGCUCAGUAGGUGUUACUGUGAGUUUUUAGAUAUGUGUUCGUUUAUUAAUUUUAUCACUGUCAUUAACCACAAGUAUAUUUAGUUCUGUAACCAUGUUUGUAACUGCCCUCGUUGGAUGUCACCAACACGUCUGUAGACGAAUUCCGAUUGGUUGCCAGUAUCUGAAUUUCUAUUGGUUGCCAGGAUCUGAAUUCCUAUUGGUUGCCAUUAUCAUUUCCAUUGUGCUGACCUAUAUAGAGGAACUGAACAAGGACAGGUUGUGUGUGCAAACAAUUAUAACAGAGAUCCUAAAGGUAUUGCCAGUUUUGAGAUAACAGAUUAAACUCUGUGCAGAGAAAAAGAUUCCUUUAGACAAAACAGUACGGACUUUUGAAUUGUUGUACAUGUAGUGUGUUCCAACAUGUGAUAUUUACACCCUUUUAACCACAGUGUUUACCAUUCUAUGUACAUUAUACUUAUUAUUAUCAAAACUUUUGGCUUCUUCACCAUUUUUUGUUUUUCUUUUCUUUUUAUACUUUGCUUUAUAUAUGUAUGUAUGUAUUUAUUUAUGUAUGUAUGUACAUAUAUGUAUGUAUAUGCAUAUAUACAUAAUUACAUAUAUAUAUAAUUUUCAUUAUUGUGUCUUUUAUUUGAAUUAAUGCUGUCCAUUUCUUCUAGAUUGUAAAUAGUAUAGUUACAUUGCAUGAAUGUGAAAUAUGCAAACAAUUAAAUGUAGGUGAUUUAUCCCAAUCAAAAUGGCAUAUAGUUUUGGGCUUUCAAUUUUUUUUUUUCCUCUGCAAAACUCUUUCUUUUUGAAGUCAGCUUUGAUUUACUCUAUUCAUAGAUUUAAAAUAUGCUUGAUUACCAUUGUUAGCACUGCAUGAAGAAAAGUGAUUAACAAUGUUAUAACAUAGAUCAUUGUUUUUCAAGAAUUCGUUUGAAAUUUGAAUACGGUUGAAGUAACAUAGAGCUAUUGAAUGUCAGAGGUAUUUUUCUUGUAUUAAUUUUUUUUUUUUUUUAAAGUUAAUUUUUUGGAUAGAGCAAAGUAAUGAAAAUGUAAUGGUCAUAACAAAACAAAGAGUAACAAAUAUAUAUAGAUAUCGCACAAUUUUCCUCAAUUUUCUGCAGUUAAGAUUGUCUUCUAAAUGUAAAACAGGUUUUGUUUUAACAGUAUCUAGAUUUUGUCUUGGGUGAAAGGUUUUAACACAAAUGGAAUAUUAUAGGAUUAAACAUUCUUUUUGAAUAAUUUAUUGAUGUGUAAACUCCGGACAUUUUACUCAAAAACUGAAUAAAAGUGCAAAGCACUUUUAUGUUAAGUUUGUGAGUAAAAUGUCUGGAGUUUACACAUUGAUAAAUUCUUCAAAAAGAAUGUUUGAUUCAUAUAAUUCCAAUUCAUUCACUUUAUUAACAAUUGCAAAAAUUUGAAUAGUUUCCCCGCACUAUGUUAUUUGUUUUCAGGUGUGUAUGAAUACAUCGCGUUUUUGGAUUUAUUGAUGUAUAAACUCUUGUUCAGUUUUAUUUUUGUCCAAUGAAAACAAUUGUAAUAAAUAACGUUGGAAUUAUAUAAUUUUAAAACCACAAAAUCCAGUUUGCCCUUAUUUGGGUAUGGGUUUCCUCGGUAUGCUUGUUUAUCCUUGCUGUGAAUGGGUACCGAGAUUCAUCAUUGACAUAUCUAUUUAACUGUAUGCAUGUGUGUGAAUGAAAAAAAAUUGUAAUAUCUUUAAGAAAUCCCAUUAUAUUCAACAAUUGUCUCAUUCUACUUAUAUGAGUGUUUAGCCCUUGUUGUUUCUUUUUCAGGAGAAUUUUAAUUAUAUGCAGAGGUUGUUUUAUUUACACAAUGUACCACCAUUGGAUAUAUAAGAAUGUGUCCCCACUGUCUCGAAGAUUUCUUCCCAUGCUUUGUAAAUACACCAUUAUUCCAAGUCUGACCUACAUUCCCAUCACCAUUGGUUACCAUUAUGGCUUGGCAUGUUACUAUUGGUUACCAUUGUGUCCAAGGGUUACAGGUGAUAAGACCAUGAAAAUGGAGGUUUACUGAAUAUCCAUUAACAUCGUUUUGGUCGAAAUGUAUUAAAUUAAGAGUAUGCUAUAGAGACAUUUAAUUUGGUUUUAUAGAUUUAUAUUCAUUGAAUUAAAAUGAUGUUCAUGAUGAAUUAAAGUAUGUGUUAAUUUUUUUUUGAAAUUAUGUAUAUGAGAUCUGUUACAAUAUAGAACCCAUUUUCUGUGAUACUAACAUGUAAAUAGCCAUAAUAUAUUUAUUAGAGCCAUUUUAGUCAUUCAAGUGGUAAUAGUUCUUGUGAACAAUUCUUUGAUUUAUUUUAUUGGUAGUUAUGAUUUUGCCUAUGAAACUUAUAUUUAUCAAAUAUUCUAAAAUUUGACAAUGAGAAUUGUAAAUAGGACAUCAGUUUUCUGCAUGUCUAUAAACAACACUACACAGCAGUUGUUAUAUAUUAGUGUGGAUUAAUCCAUUUGAAACAAUCCCUUGAAAUGUAGCUCUCUGGUUUUGUAGUUAUUUCCUUUAUUAAUGUAAAUAAGAAAUGAAACAGGUUGCUUCCUUGUUGAACCCCAUUCCAGUUAUUUAAUUUCCAUGUUUAGGUAUUGUGUUGUUUUUGCAUUCAAUAGAUAUAUUGUUUCUAAGUUUGGUUGUCAUUUGAAUAAAGGGUUGAAUAAGA